UCUCUCCCACACGCCCACACUUUCUCUCUCCAUUUCUCAUACUAAGAAGAGAGAAGCAACAAUGGCCGCCGUAAGAUCCUCCGCCGCCGCGAUCGGUCUCAUCCUCCUAUUUGUCUCCGCCGCUUCUGUCCGCGGCGCCUCGCACCAUCACGUGGCUCCGUCGCCGUCUGUUGACUGCUCGGAGCUUAUACUGAACAUGGCGGAUUGUCUGCCGUUCGUCUCGAGCGACAGCCCGGCGGAGAAGCCGGAGGGAACUUGCUGCUCUGGUCUGAAGACGGUGCUUAACACCAAGGCCGAGUGUCUCUGCGAGGGCCUCAAGAGCAGCGGCUCGUUCGGCAUCACCUUGAAUGUCACUAAGGCCCUCACUCUUCCAGCCGCAUGCAAGCUUCACGCUCCUUCCAUUACCAGCUGCGGAUCGUCUGCUGCUCCUGCCACCGCCCCAGGUCUUGCUCCGGGUUCUGCGGCCGGGCCAAGACCAGCCAGAGCUAAUGGUCAAGCCCCGGCCCCAGCCCCAGCUCAGGUGAACUAUGCUUCGUCCUUGGUCCCGGUCUGGGCGGCAUCUGUAGCCGCUGGUGUAUCGGUUCUAUUGUUUUCUCGUCUCUAAACCAAGCCUUAUCGGUUAGACCGGAUGUAUUAUUCUAUGGUAGGGUUUAGAGUAGUAUUUACAUUAUGUUUCCAUUAAAACUCGGCUUCAGUGUAUAAAACUCUCUUUACAUUUGGACUUGUUUCACUUUCGUUUUGUGUCGUUUUCAUGAA